AUGUUGCCUUGUUUCUGUUUCAGCGUUCAGGAUAAGUCCUUCAGCACCACAGCUCUGGCAGAGUGUGAUGAUUCGGGUCCUGUUCAUGAAGAGCAAGCAGCCAGUUCCAGCCCCAGAAAUGACGAUAACAAAGAAAAUUAUCCAGACAAUGCUGCAGUUUUAGAAGAAAGACAGCUGCCUUUGCAAGACAUCCAGCAGCACAAGGAUCAGGCAGCUGUUGGCUGCACACUAAAGCCUGCAAUGGGCAACUUAAAGCUGAGAAAACCUAAGCCCAUUGCAAAGCUAGAAAACGGAAAAAGCCACGAGGAAAGUCAGGAGCUGGAGCGCGCGUUGCCCGGCCUGUCUGCCUGGCGGGGGGCGCCGGGAGCCUCCGCUGGGGCCCGUGCCCAGAACGUGCCCUCCAGGUGCCCGGAAGCAAUCGGGACGUUCCCGCCAAGAAUAGAGCAGAGCACCUGCAUUUCACUAAAAGAAGCAACUGAGCAACUGCACAACAAAGAUGAGAAUUCCUUGCUGAAGCUGCAAGCCCUGGAAAGCGAUCUCUGCUCUGCGUUUCUGCCAAGCCAGGAGGAAGCUCCGCAGCCGCCGGCACCCAAGGAGGCAGCCCCUGCAGCAGUGCCGAGCGGCGCGCAAGCCGAUGGGGCCGGCUGUGCAGAGCCUGUACCAGCCCCCAGAGACUGGCAGAACGACCCGGACAGCAGCCCUCAAGAGCAUCGCUCCAUAGCGACCAGUCGACUACUGUAUCAUAUCACUGAUGGAGACAAUCCCCUUCUGUCACCACGCUGCUCUAUUUUUAGCCAAAGCCAGAGGUUUAAUCUAGACACAGAGUCUGCCCCUUCUCCACCAAGUGCUCAGCCUUUCAUGAUGCCAAGAAGUACUUCUAGAUGUAACUGUGAAGAUUGCAAAGAACCACAGACAGUAGCACAACUUACCAAGCAUCUUCAGAGCCUCAAGAGAAAAAUUAGGAAGUAUGAAGAAAAGUUUGAACAAGAAAGAAAAUAUCUGCCUUCACAUGGUGACAAGACCUCCAAUCCCGAAGUCUUGAAAUGGAUGAAUGAUCUGGCUAAAGGUCGCAAGCAGCUCAAAGAGUUGAAACUCAGAAUGUCAGAAGAGCAAAACUGCACAUCUACAGCACCCCAAAGAAACAACCGUUGUGAAAGCACCGGGCUCUCUAAAGAGACUGGGACACAGGAGGCAGCGAGCACGGAGCCGGCUCCCUCAGUAGAAGAAACCAUGGACAGUGUGCUGAGACGAUUACAGGAGAGAAGACAGCACUUCAACCUUCCCGAGACCCUGAAGGUAACUAAACAAGAAAAGAAUCUUAUGAAGCCUCUGUAUGACAGAUACAGAAUCAUCAAGAAACUUCUUGCAACACCAUCUUUGAUCACAACAAUUCAGGAGGAGGAAGACUCAGAUGAAGACCAUUCUCAGAGCAGCCAUGAAUUAUCAUCCAGUCCCAUAUCCUGCCUGCCUGUUGAUGAGCACCUGUGUUACUCCCAGGAGGAGAGUGAGCCUGCAUAUGUUUCACCUCUGGAUGAAAAAAAAGUUUUCAGAAAAACAGCCUUGUCUAUGUCCAAUUUACAUGAGGCAACAAUGCCUGUUCUACUUGAACAUCUCAGAGAAACAAGAGCAGAUAAGAAAAGGCUUCGCAAAGCUCUGAGAGAGUUUGAGGAGCAAUUCUACAAACAGACGGGAAGGAGUCCACAAAAAGAAGAUCGGGUACCCAUGGCAGAGGAAUACUCUGAAUACAAGCACACAAAAGCCAAAAUCAGGCUCUUGGAGGUUCUCAUCAGUAAGCAUGACAUCUGCAAAACGAUUUGAAAUGAGUGCAAUGGCGUGGGCUUGUUCUCUAGG